CAUUUCUACUUCUGGUAAUCAUUCUCAACUUCCUCUACCUUAUUGCUAUAUCAAAUUUGUCAAACCUAAUCUUUGUCAUAAGCUGAAUAGAUCUUGAUCCUGAUUCUUCAUUUAUUCGAUUUUUCAUUUAUUCCUCUACCUGAUUCUUCAUUUAUUCGAUUUUUUUGUUAGAAUUUAAUGGACGAGCUUGAUAUUCCCAACUUUUUUUUGUGCCCGAUUUCUCUGGAGAUGAUGAAGGAUCCGGUGAUCCUUUCAACAGGGAUAACGUACGAUCGGAUGAGUAUCGAGAAGUGGAUAUAUGCAGGGAAAAACGAUACGUGUCCGGUGACGAAACUAAAACUCGGAGAUUCGGAGUUGACACCGAAUCAUACACUGCGACGACUUAUUCAGUCUUGGUGCACCCUCAAUGCAUCAUACGGAGUCGACAGAAUCCCGACUCCGAGGCCUCCGGUUAGUAAAUCGCAGCUCGUGAAGCUUCUCAAGGAUGCCAAGUGCCCCAAGUUGCAAAUGGAGUGCCUUAGAAAGCUGAAAUUCAUAGCUUCCGAAAAUGAAACCAACAAACGGUACAUGGAAGAUGCAGGUGCAUGCGAGAUCUUAGCUUCGAUUAUUACAAGCAGCGGUAUUGCAACAUCGAAUGGAAUCGAAGACGGGUUUGAACUCAGCAGAGCUGAUGAUGAAGCACUUAACAUUAUGUGUCACCUCCAACUAUCCGAGAAGAGCUUGAAAUCUCUUAAUGGAGAGAAAGGAGAGUUCAUUGAGUCACUGAUGCGGCUGAUGCAGUGUGACAACUACGAAUCUCGAACUUACUCGGUCAUUAUGUUAAAAUCAAUUCUAAAAGUCGCUGGUCCGUUACAGAAGACGAGUUUGAGAAAUGAUUUCUUUGUUGAAUUAGUUCAAAUUUUACGGGAACAAAUUUCAUCCAAGGCCUCAAAAGCGGCAUUACAAUUAUUAAUAUCUAUAUGCCCCGAAGGUAGAAACCGGAUCAAGGCUGUAGAAGCCGGGGCAGUUAGCGUAAUGGUUGAUUUUCUAUGCGAUCAUUCAUCAGACAAAAGAGUUUGCGAGAUGGUGCUUGUAGUCCUCGACCAGCUGUGCCAAUGCGCGGAGGGAAGAGCAGAGCUGUUAAACCACGGAGCUGGAUUAGCCAUUGUGUCGAAAAAGAUACUUAGGGUUUCGCAGUUGGCCAGCGAGAAGGCUGUGAAGAUUUUAUUGUCUAUUGCAAAGUUUUCGGCAACGACUUCAAACGUUCUUCAGGAGAUGUUGCAACUUGGAGUUGUGGCGAAGUUGUGCUUGGCGAUUCAAACGGAUUGUGGGGAGAAGAUUAAAGAAAGAGCUGCUGAAAUACUCAAAUUGCACGCUCGGGCUUGGAAGAACACUUCGUGUUUGCCUAUCAACUUGCGUACUUCAUAUCCUUGUUGAACAAAAAACUUGUAUGUACGUAGAUAGAAACUUAUACAUUAUUUCCAUGUAUUUCUUGCUAAAAUUAUGCAAGAAGAACUUUGUAGAUAUUAAAUUCAAUUUUUACUUGCAA